CGCUUCCUUUAGAUUUUCGUGAUGCAAUUUGUCAUCGAUACCCACAGUACUUUAAAGUUGUUGCAACUGCGAGAGGUCCGGCAUUAGAAUAAACUCAUUGGGAUCCUGAGCUUGCUGUAUCAGCUGCUGAGUUAUCCUGAAGAGGAAAAUCGUGCUAGAGAAUUAGAAGAGAAGAAUUUGAUUAUAGAUAGACCUCUCAAGUUCAAUAAAUUAAAGUUACCAAGGGGUCUUAAUCUUUCCGAGGGUGAGAUGAGGAGAAUAUGUCUGUAUAGAGACAUCCCUUAUGUAUCCCCUUACUAUGAUUUCUCGGGGCUGAGGUCAGGUACAACUAAGCAAGAGAAACAUGCUUGUGCAGUUGUCCAUGAGAUCUUGAGCCUUGCUGUGGAGAAGAAAACUCAUGUAGAACACCAUACUCAUUUCCGCUAGGAGUUCAGGUUUUCUCAACAGGCCGGUCAGGGGAAUGCUGAUAAGGCACCCUGAUAUGUUUUAUAUCUCGUUGAAAGGAGAUAUGGAUUCAGUUUUUCUUAGGGAAGCAUUCCGUGAUUCUCAAUUGAUAGACGAGGAUCGUCUGCUGAUUAUAAAAGAGAAGCUUCGAACUAUUAUUGCGGUUCCACGGUAUCCUAGAAGGGGUGCUCGGAUCCCAAUAGAGAGGCAGACGGUGCUGAAGGAACCAAUGAGGCACAAGAUGGAACUGUUGAUGAGGAUGAUUGGAGUACGUGAUGAAGAUGAAGAUACACCCCCAGAUUUCAACGAAGAUGGGAAAACAUUAAACAAUCAACCGAGCAAACCAAUUAAUCAAGAAGGCUAUUCGACAGAGAAUGAAGAGAGGAUGCUUGUUCCAGUGUUGCCAGAUGGUCGGCCAAGAGGACGCUGGUAAAUUGACAUAUCUAAUCUGGCCCGAAGAUAUCCACUGAGAGUGCUCGUUACUUUCUUUUGGCCCGAACUAUUUGUGUUUGUCCUACUUGAAGGGGAAUUCAACAUAGUAUCUACAAAGCUCUGAAACCUGCUUUAAGUGCAAAGCCUAUAUCCUUUUUCUCAUCCUUGAGGUUCAGAAAAGUGUUUCUUGGAAUACAAAGGCAUCCGCAUAAUGUCUUGUAUUCCUUUUGCCUUGUGUUAUAGAAUUAGAUUAUUAUGUACUCUUAAUUAAGUUGACUGAAAAUUUUUGGGGAGGGUAAAGUUGCAGCCAGCUUAAAAUUGUUUCUUAUCUUCUUGUGAUAUAGUGAUCAAUACCCUCUGGAAUUGCUGAACAGAAAUUUUCUAGAUUAUGUUAUAAUCUUAUAAUUAGGUCAUCUACUGUUUCAGUUCUUUUCUUUUCCAACAUUUAUAUGCAUGUCAAACUUCAUAUGGCACACACACCCAGAUGGACAUUGUGGACUGGAAUAGAGUUCAUGCAGCAAACCACAAAGGUCGUCUGAUUGCUGUUCAGGUGUCAUGUACCAAUCUACCAGCCUACCAGGGUUGCAGCAAUGAGGCAAAGUGUCAGGAGAGCUUGUGAGAAACAAACUACCGUAUUGCUGAGGUGAGGCUCUAAUUCUUUUUCAUACUCUUAAGAGUUAUUUGGAGGAGAUUUUCAUUGGCUAUAAAAUGUUGUCCCAAACGGUCAAACCUAAAAAAUGAUUAUAGCAUCCACUUAAUAGCACCCUAGCUUAAGUGCCUGCGAUGCAUUUUAUGGUAUGUUUUCCCUCGGUAAUGUUUUAUUCUUACAGUCCUUAGUCGCUGAAAUUAAAUUUUUCUUCUAUAAGUGAAUUUGCAGACCUGAUGAUAAACCCAAUUUUGUUGCAAAACUAAGAAUUUUUUUAUCUGUCAUGGCCUUGAAAGUUAAUUUUGAAACCUGAGAAUUAACAUUUCACUGCGUGGGCUAAAGAAACUAUACAAUAGGCUUUAAACCAUCACUAGCUGCUCGUACUCAGACCUGCUCUGUCAUUUGGACUAUAGGUAAUUGGCUGCAUUUGCGCUUCACAUGUUAUCUUUUGGUUCCUUUUCCGAGCAAAUAUUUAUGAUUUGGUGCCCCAAAUUUGUAAUUGGCAUCUCUUUAUAUGUUGGACUUUAGUUAUUA